AUGACGUCGAAUGCGAGCAGACUCCUGAAUGUCAGACGUAAGAAUGCGGACGCAGUGACCUUCGAGGACAAUGACACACGGGAUCCCAUGAACUUCUCAUACAAAAAAAAGUGGACGAUCACACUGGUAGCGUCUGCAGCAUCGGCCUCCUUUUCUAUGGGCUACCAGUCAAUGAUGCGGGAACUAAACUGCACACAGUUCCAGGCCACUGUCGGAUUGAGCAUGUGGUCAAUCGGAUUUGGCAUGGUUCCUCUUAUCACUUCGUCCUUCACGGAAGAGUUUGGUCGCCUGAAUAUAUACAUCGUGUCAUCAUUCGGCUUUAUGCUCACGGAGAUCAUGGUUGCAUUGUCGCCGAACAUACAGACCGUCAUCCUUGGACGUCUACUGGGAGGUGCAUUCGGCUCAACGGGUGCGACCUUGGUUGGUGGUUCGAUCGCUGAUAUCUGGGGACCACAUGAGCGUGGUCAACCCAUGGCAUUCUUCAGUCUUGCUUGUGUAGCGGCAAUAGGGCUUGGGCCCGUGAUCGCUGGUGUAAUCGAGGCCGACCCCCGACUUGGAUGGAGAUGGAUUCAGUGGAUUCAUGUGAUGUUUUCAGGGGCUUAUUUCAUUUCUGUUGUGUUACUCAUGAAAGAAACACGGGCUACCAUAGUUUUGACUCGCCUUGCAAGAAAGAAGCGCAAAGAGACAGGAGAUGCCAGAUACCAAGCGAAAGCAGAAAUCGAAAAGCAAAGCUUGAUGACGUUGAUCAAGAUUUCCUGCACCCGACCUAUAUACCUCUUGCUGACGGAGCCUCUCGUACAGAGUUUUAGUUUGUGGAUCGGCUUUACGUGGGGUGUUGUCUUUGCCCUUGUGGAGUCUGUCUCCCCUGAUUUCCAGGCGGUCUACGGAUUUGACAUCCAGAACACAGGAUUCAUCUUCAGCACCAUCACACUUGGGAGCUUCAUUGGAUAUUUUGCCAAUAUCUAUCAGGAGAAGCUAUAUCAAAAACAUUAUCCUCGGAAACGUCAGGAAGCGCGUCUUUAUCUUCCGUGUGCCGCGGCAAUCCUUUUGCCAAUCGGUAUGUUCAUCUACGCUUGGACCGUAAGGCCGGACAUACAUUGGAUAGUGCCAGCAAUUGGUCUAACUGUAUUCAUGUCCGGCGCAUUUGUGAUUUUCAUGGUGACUGGGAAUCUUGCCGUAGCAAUUUUUCCUCUUUUUACAACCCAAAUGUUUGCUCGCUUGACGCAUAAAUGGAGUCUGACGUUGUUUGGAUGUAUAGGUGCAGCGCUAGUGCCUAUACCAUGGGUCCUUUUCUUUUAUGGGUCCAGGAUUCGUGCUCGAAGCAGGGUGUCGCGAAAAAUCCUAGAGGAACAAGAGUUGCAAGAAAAGAUGGGUAAGUGA